GGAAAUCCAUCUGCUAUUAGAAGAGGUUGAAGAAAACGAUGGCUGUUUGAGCCCACCAACAAACACCAUCCCCUUCCGUUCGAGAUCAUCUGCCUCCUUCCUACACCCGACAAUCGAAACCAUCCUAUAACCCUCUUGCACGACGACACCGGAGAGGCGACCGCGACGACAAUCAGUAGCAACGACAGAGAAAGCAUACUCAUACAGUUAAGCGAAGCGAUGCUUCAGACGUGUUACGCUCGACAAGAACCCAUCGUGAAUAACAUCGAGGGGAACGACGGAAAGGACGCCGGUCACAGCGGUAUUGCUGUUGCAGGCGGUGAGACUGUUGAUUGCACAGCUAGUCCGGCUGGGGCUUUGGCAGUAGAGUUCGAAAGCUACCUGGAGCGAUUCGAGUCGAGCGGACGGGAGCGGGAGAAUCAGCGUCAGCCACAGUAUCAUCAUCACCAACCCCAUCAUCAAUCGACCCGAUCGACCUCGUCUCAAGCUUCUUCCUCUUCUGGUUUUUCAUCGCUCUCUUCAUCUUCUCAAACGAGAAACAACCACACUCAAUCAGAUCAUCAUCAUCAAGCGAGCUACCCUUUAUACAACUACCGAAAGGACUCUUAUCAGCAGCGAGACCGGGACGACCCGGAAGAUUACCCGAUGGGAGACGAUAGUGGGAGAAUACCAGAGAUGGAUUCUCCAGGAAAGACGAGCGAGAUGAGUAGUUCCAUGUGUUCAACACCGUCGGCGGUUAGCGCGAAUCUGCCUACGUCUUUGGCCAGUACCGCAGGCCGCUCCUUUUUCACCAAAUCGACGCACGGGUUUACUCGUUGUACAUCUCCUUCACCUGACUCUCGAGCAUUCGUUCUGGAUCUCACAUCGUGUGAUGACGAGAGCGACAUGUCCAUCACACCGACACCACUAGCACCAGCGCCAACAGCAACAAUGGCAGGGCCGGCGGACGCCAAGAAGGUUGGACCUGGUUUGACGAUCGAUCUAGGCGAACAACAGCGUAGAGAGACGAAGAGGUCGGACGAGGAGGAUGAGGUAGAGAGAUCUAGCCCUCAACACAGGAAGUUCCCGGCGAACGCUCGAAUCUUCAGGUCGUGCCUAUCCAGGACGAUCUCGUCGCCGGCCAUGGAGAUGGGAGGUGCGGCUAUGGGAUCGAUCACUACGACACCGGUCGCACCGCCUCGACUCUACUCUACCCGAUCGGAAAGCGAAACCCUGUCGACUCGAAGCCAUAGAGCUUCUCUCGGUCGACCGGCAAGAGUGACGUUUUGCGAAAAGCUGCCUCCGACAUUCCCUACGCAUCCAAAUUACGACUACGAUAGAUCUCCUCACCCGGUCGUACCGAGAUUGAGUUACCGGGAUGUUCUGGAAUUAAGAGAGAUGAAAGUCGAGAUGGCGCUUGUGACGAAGAGACAGCAAGGAGCGGCCGGGUUGACAGACGAUGCGCUCGUCGGCGGCGCCAAGCCGGCUCCGCCGCAGGAUUCCGGACUGGGACUGCAGAUGAACCGGGAAGGACGCCCAAACUCGCCGUUCUCCCUCUUUGAGGACGACGAGUCGGUCGAAAAUCUGCCCCCUUCACCGUCGGCCUUGACUUCAUCUUUCCCUUCGUCCAUCAAACUGGUCUCGCGAUUGCAUGAGAUGGGAGAGUUUCGCCCGCCAGCUAGGGAAAGAGGGAUGGGGCUCAAGGUCGAGCAGACGUUUGGCCUGGAUAGGGUUGCCAGUGGAGACAGCUUGAGGGACGAUUUCGCCAAACAUUUAAGCGGAGGGAAUGGCGAAGGGUCUAUCUCGUCUUUGAGACGCAAGACGAGUGGCGAAUUUGCUGUCGAAGAGAGCGAUUUUCAGAAAGAGCUACGGAAGGCUAGGGAGGAGCUGGAGGCAAUCGCCGUGCAGGAAGCGAGGCUCGGUAUGGCCUCUCAAUUGGGCGGGGCUAAAUCCAACAAGGGAGAACAACAUAGCGUCGCCAUGGGCAGCAGCGGGAGUUCCACGCCGCUCGGACUCGGUAUCAUCAGGCCCUCGCCGAGUCUCAAUUCCGAGACCAUGAGCCAUCUCCGAUCGAGCUCGUCGUUGUCGAGCGUCAACGGAGGGAACAGGUCGAGAAAGUCGUCGUUGGCGUCGCAACAAGGUGGUCUCGAAGCGGACGCAUCGACGGAUAUAUCGAUCGGCGGACUGCCCUCUGAAAGGGCUUCCUUUGCCCCAAUCCAUUCUUCUAUCAAAUCUGGAAUCUUGCAAGGGGACGACGGCGAAGAGGGGUCUCUGUUGUUCCCAAGCAAGGCUCCUCCACCAUCCUCCACUAGACCCACGGCCAGGUCGGCCAGGACCCCUGCGCCCCCCUCACAGAGCAAGAACAACUUCCGACCUCCGUCCCCCAUCCUCGCGCCAUUCGCUAGAUCCGCGCCAAUCCGCGCCACCACUCAACGUACAGAGACUCUCGGCACAGCGAAGAGUUCUCAUGAAGGUGGAUCCAAGGGCAGCAUCUUUAGACCUCCUUCGCCCAUCCUGGCGCCAUUUGCGCGGAGCUCGCCCUUGCAACAUUGAUGCGCGUUCCCUUGCAAUUGCACAAUACACUUAACGACAGUCUACCAGUUUCCAUUAUCGUUCUCGAUUGUCUUGCGUAGCAUAUAUCACACACCUCGCCUUUUCUUGGCUUACUGUAUUCUGACAUACAUUUAUGCAUUUCAUGUCGACGUUGAC